UUCCGCUACUACUUGGGUAACGAACCUCCGCCAUCGUCAACUACAGUAUCCUCUUCGAGCGUCGCCCAGUAUUUACCGGUCUUCCGGAUGGUUUUCGAGUACAAGGGAUGUUACGACGGAUCCGGCUACCGUGUGAUGCAAAACCAACAGCCCGAUGAUCAAUAGAUGACUGUUGCUUCCUACUUCAGCAAAUGCGCUAAAUUAGGUUACGAUGUCGCUGGUAUGGAAUACCAUACACAAUGCUUCUGCGAUACGCAACUGCGGCAGGGUGCGUACCUCGCCAGCGAUGACGCUCAAUGCAAUACACCAUGUGGUGGCAACUCUGCUCAAAAGUGUGGUGGUAGUGACCGCCUGAGUGUAUACUCCAGCCAGAAGACGCUCAAGAUCACCAAGAAACCAGCACCUACCCAGAAAGUUGGCAAUUGGACUUACCAGGGCUGCGCCACGAGCUACAGCGGCCAGUGGGAUAAACCGUUGCCUUGGAAGUUGUUCAAUGCGACCGGCAACACUCCAGAACGGCAUCAACAUAUGCGCAAAAUAUGGCUACAUGACUGCUGGAAUGGAGUACGGAGAAGAGUGCUACUGUGGCGACGUUGACCACGUGGUGGUCCCAACCCUGAAUGGACAAUCGAGCACAUGCCGUCUCGUCGUGUCUUGUCCUGUAUUACGACCCUACCCAACGGGACCCUUAUGAUCCUUAACGGCGCAGAGGAAAGUGUAGCAGGCUUCGGUCUC